GGGACUAAUGACAUGGGUUGCAAAUCAAAACAGCAAACUCAAACCCUCUGCAGAGACCUUCUCAGACAAAUGACCUCAUGGUUGGAUGUUACCUUUUCCAGUAUCCACACUUUGUCAUCGGUGGGAUAGACUGUUGGAAUGUUCUUGGUUUUUAGUUAAAUGUUUCUGGGCCAGCAGCUUCAACAGUUUGUGCAAACUCUUCCCGAAAGAAUGGGGGCAGGAGCCUUAGCCAACUGUCACAACACAAGCGCAGUGCGACUCAAAGAGGAUAUGAAGAAGAUUGUCCAGCAGCCACUGAUCAAGCAGAAAGGCCUAGGGUCCAGGAAAGCAUUUGGCAUUUCUCUACUGGACCUUCAGCAGCAAGGGCUAAUACACGAUGGCAUUCCAAGCCUGGUGAAGAGCAUGGUGGAAUAUUUGAUGGAACAUGGGCUUCAGCAGGAAGGUCUGUUCCGGGUGAAUGGAAAUGUGAAAGUGGUGGAUCAGCUGCGUCAGAGGUACGAGAGCGGGGAGGAUGUGGACCUCGUUCAGGAUGGAGAUGUGUGCUCGGUCGCCAGCCUCUUGAAACUGUUUCUAAGAGAGCUGCCUGAUGGUGUCAUAACCUCCGCUGCACAACCGGCAGUGAUACGCCUGUACCAGGCUCACAGUGAUGACGCUCAACUGAAGAAAGAUCUGAAAGACCUGCUUCGACAGCUUCCUGAUAUCCAUUACUGCCUGCUGAAGUACUUGUGCCAAUUCCUGACGCAGGUUGAAAAACAACACAAGGACAAUCGGAUGACUGUGUUUAAUCUGGCCACAGUGUUUGGACCAAAUAUUUUUCACGUCUGUUCCGGGUUCGAAGGCAUGAAGGAGCAGGACAUUUGCAAUAAAAUCAUGGCCAAACUGAUAGAGAACUACAGAACCAUUUUUGAGUCUGGGGAAGACAAAGAACAACCAACAGAAGAGAUUUCUAAAGUCAUUACAGUAAAAGAAGCAAAUUUUAACUCCCCACCGUCAUGGAAGUCUGCAGGAAUUGCUACAGAGGUGCCGACUCCAGCUCCAAGAAAGAAGAGGGAAGCAAACUCUAAUGUACCUGAGCCUUUGAAGCUGUCAAGUGGAAUUGCUACAGAAGUACCAACUCCAGUUCCAAGAAAGAAAAAGAUUACAAAAUCAAAGAGUGAAGUUGCAAUCAAGCCUGUACUCCAGCCUGGGCAAUCAGCAGGGAUCCCACAGGUCAGGCUGAGAAUAUCAGAAAGAGCCCACAGUCUGGAAGAGAUGGAACGGGCUGAUGAGAUGUCUGAAAAUAUUAUCAAGAGUACAGAGUCUCUGACCAGCUCUCAAGAGGAUGAAAGGCCAAUGUCUCCAUUUUACAUGAGUGCACAGAUCUCAUCUGUCAGUCAUAAACCAGCAUCUGAAGAUCUCCUGGAGAUGACGAUCAGAUCAGCAGUGGAGCAGCACCUCUUUGAAGCGCAUGGAUGCGGGGGUCAAAAUUCAGAGGAAUCUGAAUCGGGGACAUCAUCCUCCUCUCCAUCAGUGACUGCCAGACAGAGAAGACGACAUCUGAGAGAUCAGGAUGAGACACAGAGGCACAAAGACAUGGACGAUAUCAAUAAAGAGAACAUUCCCUCUGUAUUCAGCACCACCGAAGACAGUAAACUGGUCUCGCUGGAUGGAGAGAAAAAGCAGAGAGACUGUGGCACCUCUUACAUUGAGGUGAGCAUGCAACUGAAGAGGCAGAAGUCCAUCACCAAGCUUUCUGAGCUCAAAGAAAACAAGGAAGGCUUGAUUGUAAUGGAAUGUUUUGGCCCAGCGAGACUACAGGACAGAACAAGGUCUGAGAACAUGGAUGUUCUAGCAGAGGAGAGAAAGGAAAACCAAACUGAUGAGGACUCUGUACUGCUACCACUGAACUCAGCUAUGAAGAUUCAGGAGGUGCAGAGUGGCUGCGAGACAGCUAAAAUGCAAAGAAACCAAGAAGCAGAUGUUUGUGAAGAAAGCUCUGUGCCAGAGGUUCCUAGACUGGAUUUGUCAGUCUUGGCAGAGGACAACUGGGGAGACCCAAUGCCAGCCUGCCCGUCAUUGCAGAGGGCACAUAUGCACAUGGAGGAAGCCCGCCUCUCCCCGCAAGCUGGGCGACGCCUGAUCCGCCAGCUCGUGGACGAGGACAGCGACCCCAUGCUCUCGCCGCGCUUUUACGCCUUCGGGCAGAGCCAGCAAUACCUGGAUGACCCAGAAGUGCCCCCCUCUCCCCCCAACGCGCACUCCUUCAUGAGCAGGAGGCGGAGCGCUUCGCUGGGCUCGUGCGAAGAUGACAGAGAAGAGCUCACAGGUGCCCAACUCUCCAAGAAGAUCCAGAGCUUAAAGAAGAAGAUCAGGAAAUUUGAAGAAAAGUUUGAAGAGGGGAGGAAAUAUAGGCCUUCUUACAGCGACAAGGCAGCUAACCCCGAGCUGUUAAAGUGGAUGAAUGAACUUGCCAAGUUUCGAAAACAGCUGAAAGAGAUGAAGGUAAAGAUGUCUGAAGAAGGCCUGCCUCCUCAGGCUCGCCAGCGCAGCAACACCCUCCCUAAGAGCUUUGGCUCCCAGCUAGAGAAGCAGGAGGUUACUGAGAAAGCACCAAAACCCACUUUAGAGGACACACUGGAGGCUGUUCAAAAGAAGCUGCUAGAGAAGCGAGCCGAGGUCAACCGCCCCGAGGAUAUCAAGGACAUGACCCGGGAGCAGAUCUCGGCAGAAAAGUUUGCUCUGCAGAAGGCGCUGCUGUACUAUGAGAGCAUACACGGGAGGCCAGUUACAAAGAGAGAGAGAGAAGUCAUGAAGCCUCUGUAUGAUAGAUAUCGUCUUGUCAAGCAGAUCCUUUGCAGGGCAUCCACCAUUCCUGUGAUUGAGGAGGAGGAAGACGGCUCAGAAGAUGAAAACAACGCAAAGACAGACUUCACCGUCACCAUGAAGCCGGGUUUCAGUGUGCGCAACUUCCUGGACCAGCUGGAAGAGGAGGGGGACGGCUUUAUCUCACCAGUGGACGAUAAAUCACCGUCCAAGAACACUAUUGACAUGAGGCUGUCCAACCUACACUCUGCCACCAUGCCUGAACUUGUUGAGCAGCUUCAGGAUGCAAGGGAAGACAAAAAGAGAAUCCGCAAGAAACUGAGAGAAUUUGAAGAUGCGUUUUUCAGGCAAAAUGGAAGAAAUGUGCAGAAAGAUGAGCGCACCCCCAUGGCUGAUGAGUACAGUGAAUACAAGCAUGUUAAAGCCAAGUUAAGGCUCCUGGAAGUUCUCAUCAGCAAGAUGGAUUCUUCAAAGACCGUGUAAAUAAAUGGAUGGACUGUGUUCCGUAUAAUUCCAUUAUUUAACAAAAUAACAACAAGAGGAUGAUCACAAAAACAAAGAGUAACAGUAACACAAAUACUGAAACUUUACAUCAUUAACUCGAUAGGGUUUUCUCUGAUGAACUCAACAGUGCCAUACAAAAAAAGUCACCAGCAACUUUUGAAUGACUUUUCUAGGAUGGUUGAUCUUGGCAUAUUGAUUUGUUUUAUUAACCUCUAUCGUCAGAGGCACAAACACCAUACUGAAACACACAUACUAUAUAUAUA